GUUGCCCAUGAUAGGCGUUGCAUGGUGGUGGUGCUUGAGACGUUUUGAGCCCCUCCGGAUGGUGGUGCAGAGGGAUCUGGCCCUGCUUUUAUAAGGGUGGCGGUGCUGUUGCUGAGCCCGCCAUGCUGCAGCUGCUUGCGCAAAGAAAGGGUGUUGGGUGGCUGUCGACAGCAAGCCUCAAGCUGGUCCAGCUUCCACUCCUUCAAGAAGCAGGAAAUGCCGUAAAGCAAAGGGUCGCAAACUCUCCCAGCGCAGGAUACAGAGCUGCAGCUCAUCAUGGUCGGGAUCGGGACGGCAGCGAAGGUGCUUGGACAGGUUGGGGAGGUGCAAGCAUGCAAUGCAGAUCCCUUGGCGCAGCAGCUCGCAGCAGCUGGGCCAGAGUCACCCCCAGCAUAUCAGGUCCGAGCUGGGCCAGAGUCACCCCCAGAAUUGCAUCUCAGAGGUUUCUACGCAAAAGCUACUCCACAUCCGCAAUUGAGGAGGAGAAAGCAGAUGUUGUUGUCAUUGGAGCAGGGGUUGUUGGUUUGGCGAUUGCCAGGCUGCUAGCGCUGUCAGGCAGAGAAGUGCUGGUCCUUGAAGCUGAUGCUGCGUUUGGCACGGGGACAAGUUCCCGGAACAGUGAAAUAAUCCAUGCAGGACUUUACUAUCAGGUUGGGAGCCUCAAGGCCCAACUAUGUGUUGAGGGCAACCGAAUGCUGUACGACUAUGCCCGGGAGCAUGAUGUUGGCCACAGGCGCUUAGGGAAGCUGAUUACUGCUUGCGGAGAUGAUGAGAUCCCCAAGCUUGCCAAACUCCAUGAGAACGCUAAGGCGAAUGGAGUCUCAGACGUCGACUGGAUUUCUUCUAGCGAGGCUACGGAUCUCGAACCCAACGUGCGGUGUGUUGCGGCGCUGCUAUCAACUAAUACCGGAAUCAUAGACAGCCAUGGCCUUAUGGCGGCGUUCCUGGCCGAAGCUGAGGAUCACGGAGCGGUGUUAGCUGUCAACAGCACAGUAACGGGCGGCGAAAUAUCUCAGAAUGGCAUAAGCCUCGAGGUGACAGAUUCUACCGAUCUGCGCAGCGCCGAGGGUGCACCUGUGCCACCGACCAUGCGGCUCAGUUGCUCUGCUGUCGUCAAUGCUGCGGGGCUAGAUGCUCAGGCAACCGCCAAGAAGCUCGCCCAUUGCCCCCCCGAGCUGAUCCCCCGGAGGUACCUUGCACGCGGCAACUACUUCUCCUUCUCGGGGGCCAAGUCGCCCUUUUCCCGCCUUGUGUACCCCAUCCCCCCGGAAGGUGGCUUGGGCGUGCACGUGACCGUCGACCUGGGCGGCCAGUGCAAGUUCGGGCCGGACGUCGAGUGGCUACCGGAGGGCGCCGAGCAAGCGAUUGCCAGUUAUGACUACACCGUCGACCCCUCUCGUGCGGCCGCCUUCUACUCCGCCAUCAGGGCCUAUUACCCUGACCUCCCGGAGGGAUCUCUCGAGCCCGCAUAUGCUGGCAUCCGGCCCAAGCUGUUCGGCUCGGGGCAGGCGGACGUGGGCUCUACCGACUUCAUGAUCCAGGGCCCGGCGGAUCACGGUGUGCCGGGACUGGUCAACCUGUUUGGGAUCGAGUCACCCGGCCUGACGUCCUGCUUGGCGAUUGCGGAAGACGUGGCAAGGAAGCUGACAGCAACAAAAAAUAAAGUGGGCUCCGUCUAGGCUUUGCUCACAGAUCAUGUACAGCACAGUACAGAAUCGACACGCAUAAAUUUGCAUAGGCAGUAUUGAAGAUGGGUUUUCAGAUAAGAGUCGCACUAUGGAUAGCGUGUUAAAUACAGUUGGUGCCCUAUAGGUAUGCAGCAGAUAGGUAGUUGUUGUGGUGGGCUCAAAUAUGUGCAAAGUUUGGAAUUGUAAAUUGAAUGCAAAUUUUAGAUCAAGGAAAUGACCUGAUACCGGAGUGCAAACUUAUUCUUAAGACCUGCUUGACAAGCUUGUCAAUCUGAUAUUACCUUAGUGUUAGAAGAGCACUGAUCAAAUCAGCCGAUUAAAAGUUUGCGGCCAGGUCGCGUUAUUGUG